UGUCCCGGGGCGUGUCCCGGCAUGUUCACGUGGGAAAGUGACGUCAAUGCAAACGCUCUAUGAAGACACGCGCUGUCACACCAUCACUCAUUCCUCUUCCAUCUUCACACCUGUCUCUCUCUCUUCAGCCACGACCACAACUCAUCAUGGCCACUAAGAUGGUUAUUCAGCAGCCUAAACCCUUGGUGGUGGCUCCUGGUGCUGAUCAGUGGUCCUCCAGUAUCUGUGAAUGUGACAACGUCAAUGACUGUUGCUUUGCAUGCUGGUGUUUCCCAUGUUUCGCAUGCAUCACAGCCAGAGACCACGGAGAGUGUCUUUGCUUGCCUUUGCUGGACGGUUACGGCCUCAUCCCACCCAUCACCAUGGCGAUGAGAGUGUCUGUCCGACGUAGCUACGGCAUUGAGGAUUCCAUUUGCAAUGACUGUGUGUAUUCCUUCUGCUGCGGGCCGUGCUCCUGGUGCCAGAUUAGACGAGAGUUGAAAGCUCGCAACCAUCCCAUCACUCUGUUUUGCAACCGUGCAAAAUAAAAAGUUUCUUCUU